AUGGGCUCUGUCGUACUUCCCCAUCUCACCACAGGCUGGCACGUAGACCAAGCCAUUCUCUCUGACGAAGAGCGUCUCGUCGUCAUCCGCUUCGGUCGCGACUGGGACCCGGACUGCAUGCGACAGGACGAAAUCCUCUUCCGCAUCGCCGACCGCGUCAAGAACUUCGCCGUCAUCUACGUCUGCGAUAUCGACCAGGUUCCGGACUUCAACCAAAUGUACGAACUCUACGACCCCAUGACGAUCAUGUUCUUUUUCCGCAAUAAACAUAUGAUGUGCGAUUUUGGAACCGGGAAUAAUAAUAAGUUGAAUUGGGUGUUAGAUGAUAAGCAGGAGCUUAUUGACAUUAUCGAGACAAUUUAUAAAGGGGCGAAGAAGGGGAGAGGUCUCGUGGUUAGCCCCAAGGAUUAUUCGACAAGGUAUCGUUAUUAG